UUAGGGCAUUUUUUUCCAUCCCCUGUGGAGCAUUUCUAGUGUUUUUCCGCGUUUAUACAAUUGAAGUGGGACGUUUUCUUAUGUUUAAUGGUAGAUAAACAAGCGGAGAUAACACCUGCUGUACGCUAAGGCAUACGAUGUAGAUAAUUUAGCCCAUUUCCCCCCUCAGUUUAUCAGGUGUGACUGACGAAGCCGAGUCGUCUCUGGGAGACCUCUGGCUACAACCUCUUUGAUUUGUUGCUAAGAUCAAGAACUCAAACUGGCUGAAAUGGAUGAACAGAGUGUUGAGAGCAUCGCCGAGGUGUUUCGUUGCUUCAUUUGUAUGGAGAAACUGAGGGAUGCUCGUCUCUGCCCGCACUGCUCCAAACUCUGCUGCUUCAGCUGCAUACGACGCUGGUUGACGGAGCAGAGAGCCCAGUGUCCACAUUGUCGGGCUCCGCUGCAGCUGAGGGAGCUGGUCAACUGUCGCUGGGCGGAGGAGGUUACCCAGCAGCUAGACACCCUGCAGCUCUGCAGCCUCACCAAGCACGAGGACAACGACAAGGACAAAUGUGAGAACCACCAUGAGAAGCUGAGUGUUUUCUGUUGGACCUGUAAGAAAUGCAUCUGUCACCAGUGUGCUCUGUGGGGUGGCAUGCAUGGCGGCCACACCUUCAAGCCUCUGGUGGAGAUCUAUGAGCAACAUGUGACCAAAGUGAAGGAAGAGGUCGGCAAGCUCCGCCGUCGCCUCAUGGAGCUUAUCAGUCUGGUGCAGGAAGUGGAGAGGAAUGUGGAGGCUGUCAGAGGAGCGAAGGACGAGAGGGUCAGAGAGAUCCGAAACGCUGUGGAAAUGAUGAUUGCUCGUCUGGACAACCAGCUGAAGAACAAACUCAUCACCCUCAUGGGCCAGAAGACGUCCUUGACCCAGGAGACGGAACUGCUGGAGUCUCUCCUGCAGGAGGUGGAGCAUCAGCUUCACUCUUGCAGUAAGAGUGAAUUGAUCUCAAAGAGCCCAGAGAUCCUGCUCAUGUUCCAGCAAGUCCAUCGGAAACCCAUGCAGUCCUUUGUCACUACGCCGGUUCCUCCUGACUUCACCAGUGAGCUGGUUCCUGCUUAUGACUCCAGCACCUUUGUCCUCGUCAACUUCAGCACUUUGAGGCAGCGGGCAGAUCCGGUGUACAGCCCUCCUCUACAGAUAUCUGGGCUCUGCUGGAGGCUUAAAGUCUACCCAGAUGGUAACGGUGUGGUUCGUGGAAACUACCUGUCUGUGUUUCUGGAACUGUCUGCUGGACUGCCUGAAACAUCAAAGUAUGAGUAUCGUGUGGAGAUGGUCCAUCAGGCCUCCAGUGACCCAACCAAGAACAUAAUUCGGGAGUUUGCCUCAGACUUUGAGGUCGGAGAAUGUUGGGGCUACAACCGCUUCUUCAGAUUGGACCUACUAGCCAGCGAGGGCUACCUGAACAUGCAGACCGACACACUGGUCCUCCGCUACCAAGUUCGAUCACCCACCUUCUUCCAGAAGUGUCGAGACCAGUACUGGUACAUCAGCCAGCUGGAGUCAGCUCAGAGCGGCUACAUCCAGCAGAUCAACAACCUAAAAGAGCGGCUGGCUAUCGAGCUGUUUCGGCGUCAGACAUCACGCAGCUCCUCGCCACCUGACCUGAGGCUUGCUGCAGGCACCACAGCCUCUGAACGGGACCCUCGCUCAGUGAAGAGUGAUGACGACAUUCAGACCACUUUGAUCAACACUAAAAAAGGUGAAGAAGAGGAGAGGACCCAGCACGAUGACUCUAAUGAGCUGUCUGAUGGAGACUUGGAGGUGGACUGUUUAACAGAGGAGGAGGUGAACCCACUGGAUGGCAGCAGCACCUCAGGGAGCUCCACCGCUACCAGCAACACCGAGGAGAAUGACAUAGAUGAAGAAACCAUGUCGGGAGAGAAUGACGUAGACUUCAUUGGAAACCUGGAGACAGAAGAAGGAGAGCUUCCUGAUGACUUGGCUGGAGCCACAGGUGGCUCCAGCUCCACUUUACGUUCGUUACAUCGCAGUGCUGCCUCUGGUCGUAGUGGCAGCGGUAGCGGAGCAGCGGUUGGUGGUGCUGUUGGGCCAGGCAACAACAGCCUCCUGGAGAUCGACCCAGUCAUCCUGAUCCAGCUGCUGGAUCUGAAGGAGCGUAGCAGCGUGGAGUCUCUGUGGGGCCUUCAACCUCGGCCUCCUGUGUCCCUCCUGCACAGCCAAGCCAAUCCUCACUCCAGAAAAGAACGAGAGCGGCGGCCUCAGGUGGUGCGACGAUCGGCUCCAGACUCUGGGGUACUAAUCCGCCUCAAGGCCCAGAUGGCUGAGGUCCGCAGUAAGAUGUCUGAUGUCAAGAGUCAAGUGCUGGAGGCUCGGGCGGCUGGAGAGCCCAGGCCUGGCCCAUCAGGGGCUUUCAGUGUGGAGGAGGUGCUGUCUCACCAUGCUGAUCCAGAGCUGUCAGCUUGUUGUAAGGCCGGUGAGCUGGACCUGCUGGGGAGAGCAGCUGUAGCCCGAUCCAGACCCUGCCGCCCUGCCAGGAAGUCUCCUGUCCUGGACAGCAGCAGCUCUCAGGUUGUGAAGCGGAGGAGUCCAGAAGAGAUGGAGAAGGACCUGAGAGGAGCAGAGGCAGCGGCAGAACACAGUCUGCAUCCUAAAGAGGGGCUGGGAGGUACAGAAGGAGUGCUGAAGGCAGAAGGCAUCCCGGCCCCCCUCGUGUCUCUUGGCAGCUCCUCGUCAGAGCAGGCGUCCAUCUCCAAGCAGCAGUACUCAGUGGAGCAGCAGAUGUACGGAGCCUCGGGGCCCAGAGACGACAUCUUCACCUUGGGAGGACCAAGCUACAUUACUGCCAGCAAAAACUGUGGCAGCAGGACUUUAGGGUCAGCCAUGUUGGACUGUGACUCGGAAAGCUCAGGAAACUCCCAUCAGUCCUUGCUGGAGGGAUCCUCUACACAGCCACAAUCAAAUGAAGACCAGCCGCCAUCUGUCCUGGGAGCAGCAACAAGCAGUGACAGUGACAGCGAGGAUGAGGCUCUGCAGAGCAACAAUUCUCGCUACGACAACCAGACUCCACCCUGUACAGGUGAGCAGCUUCUGUCUGAUGACAUGAGCCUGCCCGCUGACAGGUGAUUCCCAGGUGACCCGACAACCCCGCUGCUUUGUCGUCAUCGGUCACAGUGAUGCAAUAACGACCGGAGACAACGCACAUGCUAGUUACACAGAUCUGUAGAGUAGAAACUGCUUGUUAUGCAUAAACUCAAAAUGAAGACAAUGCUCAUACACAAACAGAAACAUUUCUUCUGGUGUCCUGAAUAUUUUCAGAAUUGGAUCAUGACACAAAUGUUUAGAAAGGUGGUGGUAAAAAAAAAUUUGACUGUUCACAUGACCAAAUAAUAUCAACAUCUUAAAUAUUGUGUGAAUACAAUGAAACUGCCCCUUUCAAGAACCAACAUUUCAAUUUGACUUUGAAAACUGGACUUUUAGCAUAACUCUUUGAUACAGUUCUUUCCACACUCGACAUAUAGGGAUGCACAUAGUUUACCUUUGUUCAUGGUCAGUUCAGUAAAUAUAUUUUAGAGGAAAACAUGGCUGCCACAGCCAUUUGUGCAAUGA